GGCGACUCCGCAACCGAACCUUACAUCGUCACCCACAACCUCCUUCUUGCUCAUGCUGCUGGUUACCGUUUGUACGAGAGCAAGUACAAGGAAAAGCAACAAGGGGUGGUAGGGAUCACCAUAGUCACGUUCUAUCUUCUUCCUUACUCCAGUGAAACGGCAGACGUCGAUGCUGCGCAGAGAGCUCUGGACUUCAUGUACGGCUGGUACAUGGAUCCUAUUACCUUCGGUCACUACCCAAGGAACAUGGUGGAUCUAGUCGGAUCUCGACAUGCUCAAGAACUCCUGAGAAAGAUGGAGUCCUUAUUGGUGAACAGGUUCCUUCUGGCAGUUUAUGUAUCCUGA